AUGAAUUUCGAUGUUGGAGGUCCAUCAUAUUUAUCAUCAUCUUCAUCUUCGGAUGAUGAUAAUUUUCUGACCAAUAUCAUUGUAGAGAUUGAUGAAACCGAAGAAGUAAUUUGUGAGUACAUCAACAACAACAUGAUCAUCGCUAACAAUUUAUGUCAACAAAACUACCAACUGAUCCAUGGUGGCUCGAUUCCUGGUCAUGCAGUGAUCAAUCGCGAUCGAGAAAAUGCGCAUCAGAAUUUGGUCAUAGAUUACUUUGUCGAUAAUCCACGUUUUGGAGAAGAUAUGUUUCGUCGUCGAUAUCGGAUGUCAAGAAGUUUGUUCAUUCGUAUUGUUGAUGCAGUGAAAGAUCAUGACCAUUACUUCCAACAACGAAGUGAUGGACUUGGUAGAAUGAGAUUAUCACCGUUACAAAAAGUAACAGCUGUUUUUCGCAUGUUGGCAUACGGUCUACCAGCUGAUGCUACGGACGAAUACGUUAAAAUAGGUGAGUCAAUAACAAUUGAAAGUAUGAAAAGAUUUUGUCGUGCUAUAGUGGAGAUAUUCGCAGAGCGGUAUCUACGAACACCUAACGCUAACGAUAUUGCUAGGCUACUUUAUAUUGGUAAAAAACGUGGUUUUCCAGGAAUGUUAGGAAGUCUUGAUUGUAUGCAUUGGAAAUGGAAAAAUUAUCCAACAGCAUGGUCUGGGCAAUACACAGGACGUAGUGGGUCACCAACUAUUAUCCUUAAAGCUGUGGCAGAUUAUGAUCUUUGGAUAUGA